GGAUGAUCGUGGAGUUGAGGAACACAGAUUGCACGACGUAAUAGGAUAUCCGUUUGAUAAAAUUUCAAUAACAAAGCAAACAGAAUUACUCUAUAUGUUCAGUGUUAUAUUGUUAAUCCUCAAUAUUGUUGGCAAUGAUCACGUCAACUUGCGUAUUUAAAUUCAUGUUCACUACAAGUGGUUUCGCGUAGAUGACAUUGUUCUAACUGUGUAUUGGUGUAUGUAAAAUUGAUCAAUUUAAUGAUAGUAAUUAAUCUCAUUAAACGCAAGACUCUAUAAAUCUGUAAGCGGUAUGAGAUGCUAUAAAGAUUCCUUGCGAAUUGAGAAAUCUUUUAAAGAGGUAUUAACUCGACUAGGUUUAUCGCUUUAAUUGUAAACAGUGCAUUUCAUCACUGAAUUUUUUCGGGUUUGAAACGUACACGACGGAAAAAAUAUUGUAUAUAUUGGAAGUUACAAGUGAAUGUAUAUAGAAUCUGAACCGACGGAGGUCCAGCGUGUGAAAUUACAUGUAUGUAUUUCGUGUGCGUUGUGCGAUCGCGUGAUACGGAUUUCGUGAAUGUUUAAAACAAGAUUAAAAGAGAAGAAAGCAGGGAAAGCUGAAACGAUUCUGCGGGAGCCAGUUCACUAGAAAUCACAAUGCACUUGAACGCAAUAGUCCUUUCGAGGUCUGCGUGUUUAUUCGGGCAGUGUCGUGCGCAAUAAGCGCAGUACAGUCUUGGGCAAAGGUACCGAGAAAGCUGAUGAUUAAUGUCACGGUCAGCGAGAUUCUCACUUUUGACAAGUGUACACAGGGAAAUCAUGAUAUUCUAAUCGUAAGCGACAACGCUCGCGUUGUUUGUGAAAAACUCUGAUUGUAGCAGACGUCAAGAUGGUGGAACCAAUUUUUGACUAUCAGUUUCGUCUGAUACUCAUCGGCGACAGUACAGUCGGAAAAAGUUCAUUGCUAAAGUAUUUCACUGAUGGAAAGUUCGCAGAGCUUUCAGACCCAACAGUUGGGGUAGAUUUUUUUGCUCGAUUAAUCACAGUCAAAGAUGGGACAAGAAUAAAGUUACAACUAUGGGAUACAGCUGGCCAAGAAAGAUUUAGGUCAAUUACAAAAUCCUACUAUAGAAACUCUGUUGGAGCACUGCUUGUAUAUGAUGUCUGCAACAGAGCCAGUUUUGAACAUAUUCCUCAGUGGAUGAUGGAGGCUCGUAUAUCUAUUGAACCACACCGUCCUGUAUUUGCACUGGUAGGCUGUAAAUUAGAUUUAGUUACCAAUGGGGGCAGGCGAGAAGUUUCGAAAGAAGAAGCAAGAGCUUUUGCCGACCAACAUGGAAUACAUCACAUUGAAACCAGUGCAAAGACAGGAGUUAAUGUUGAAGAUGCUUUUCGAACAAUCACGCAGGAAAUUUAUAAUAGAAUACAAACUGAGGAAUACAAGGUAGAGGAUGGUUGGGAUGGUAUAAAAACUGGAUUUGCCAGGCCUGGGGGCUUAGAUUUUAAUCUAGCCGAGGCAGAACCAGCAAAAACUUCUUGCUGUUAAGUCAGUGUUUAAUUUGUCGGUGGGUAACACUUUUUUUAGAAUGCAGUGGAUAUUAUUUAUACAUAUACAUUGAUCAAAUUCUUUGUAAAACUUUCGUAAUAUUAAUUUCAACUGAUAAACAAAAUAACAAUUAUUUUCACCUAUUAAAAUUGCAGUCCAUUGCAUUCUUGUUUUAGGGAAAAGACUAACAAUGAAUAUAAACUGUGUAUAAGUCUGGAAUAGACAUUUUUGUACAUAGCUUGUAUAAACAAAUCAAUAUAUAUCAUCGAGGUAUAUAGGCAUUAAAUUAGGAGUGUUUUCUAUCUUAUUUAAAAGAUAAAGUGUAUAAACAUAAAAAAAAAAGUUUCACAAAAGAUCACAUUUUUAUGUAUUUUAUUGUACAAAUUAACUAUUCUGUUACGCGAAAAAUAUAACAGCCACUAUUAGAAAAUUUCAUGAGAAGAGAUACAAAACUCUCAAUUUAUAACGCGAAAUAUUUAUUUGCAGUAGAUCAAAUUUGAAACAAAAUUUUCCGUAAAAAUAUGAAAUUGCAAAUUACAUAUUGUACAUAUAUAAAUUAUUAAUGAAACGAUUAUACCAGAUACGUUGAUUUAUUAUUUCUUAAAUAACGGUAGCUACAUUUUGUUUUUAAUGCCACAGUUUGUGAUAACGUUAUACUUACAUGGGGAGCCAAAUUAAUAUACACUUCACUAUUAUUCAUGUACAAUUGAAGACAAACAGGAUAAUAAAUUAUUAUUAUAUCAAUUUAAAUUGCGAGAACAAUAUGAAACGAACAAUGAUAUUUGUGCUCUGAUUUAAACAAAUCAGGUUUAUUUUGUACAUAUUAUAUAGUAUGUUCACGUAAAAAUUUUGUUCAAAUAUUUUGUUACAAAAUAUCAUGUUAGCUAGUGUACCUUAAUUUACCUUAGGUAAUAUGAAUUAGUAAGCAACUGCUUUAUUAUAUUUUUAUCAUAAGAUGUAUUAUAAACAUACGAGACGAGUACAUGGCAAAAAGGUUUUAUAUAAUAUAGUAUAACAUAUUUCUAAUAUAACCAUUUUUUACCAGGUUAUAUGUUUUACACUUUUUCAUAUCUAUCUUUAAAAAUAAAACACCAGACUUCUCUAACAUUGAUGAUAUAAUUUAAGAAAGAAAACAUUUGCAUAAAUUAACGAGAACAAAUUCAAGUAAAUGUUAUUUAUACGACUUGCAUAUUUUUGUGCUAAUCUAAUUAGGAAAAUAUUUAUUUACAUACAGUAACACUGUUGUAUGCAAUGUAUAAUACUUUUUAGGUAAAAGAAUGUAGUAAAGUCUGUAUUUGUAUAAAUAAUAAGCAUAUAUGCAGCAAGAAUGGAAUUCAUUUGUGAAAUUUUAUACUCAUUAACUGUGGCAUAAAGUGAAAAUACAUAGAUAUUACAAACAAAUGUGAACGAAUACUAUUAUAACAUGGAAUUAAACUUGUAUAGUUCUCUAUACAGGACAUUUAUCUUUUAGUGAACAGAUAGUGAUAGAAUACAUGUACAGUGUUGCAAAAUACUGAUUAACAAAAUUGGAGUUUUUAUGUCUAUAAGAAUUUGUAAAUUUGUUAUAUCAAUAUUAUCCAAAGUUGUAAUAAGUUCCUCUCAUUUUUAAAUAUUUUUUUGUAAAUAGAAAUUGUUGAUUUUACAGUAAAAUUGUCAAUUGUUACAAAUCUCUGUACUACAUUGUUUUAACGCGCGCGCGAACGCUCGAAUAUUACUUUACAUUGUGGGUUAUAUACAUCCUAAUAUUUUCUCAUAAAAUGUAUAAAUUCAUGUAUACUUUGACAAAUUUUGAGUUACAUCAAUCUUUGUGCAUUACACACUUAUGUAUAAUCGUGUUGAAAAAUAAACAAUAUAUCAUAGA